UGGGGUCCUGCCUCCUCCCCUCUCUUCACAGUUGCUGCUCCCUCCUACAGUGAACUUUCUCUCGGAGCAGGGCUGAUUUUCUAGGCUUUCUUUCCCUAGCCUUGGCAGCGCUCUGACGUGCACACCAUGUGACAGGCCUCCUUCAGCUAUAAGCAGGGGAAAGGUCCGCCCUCUCCUGGACUCAGCCCUCUCCUCGCCGAGCUCUGUCCCUAGACUCUCCACCGUCUCGCACCCUCCCGGGCGCCAGCCACUCUUGAAUUGUUCCCUCGGUACCCCGCCACCCCCUCCUCGACGGACGCGGCGAGGGGCUGCUGGUGGAGAGAGGAAGGUCAAGUCCCCCGCCCAGGCGGGGUGCGCGCCGAGCCAAACCAGCGCGGAGAUCGCGGGACCACCGCGGCGGCGCAGGAAUUACAAAGUCGCAGCGCGAGCCUCUGCCGCUACCGCGCAGCACCAGCGCCGCAGCUCCAGCAGUCGCGGAGCACCGUCCCCCCCGCCUCCCCCACCCCGCCCAGCGUGGCGCCCCCGGGCCAGGCCUGCCAGCCGGGACCUGGGCUGGGGUGCGGCGGGAACCCGGAGCCCGGCGCCCCUAUGGGCCGCCUCGCCGCCGCCGCCGCGCCACAGCUAUGACCCUGAGCACGGAGAUGUCCGAUGCCUCCGGCCUCGCCGAGGAGACAGACAUCGACGUGGUGGGGGAGGGCGAGGACGAAGACGACGAGGAAGAGGAGGACGACGACGAGGGCGGCGGCGGCGGGCACCGCCUGGCUGUCCCCGCGCGGCGGCGGCGGCGGCGGCGCUCGUACGCCGGGGAAGACGAUCUGGAGGACCUGGAGGAGGAGGACGACGACGAUGACAUCCUGCUGGCUCCGCGGACGGGGGGCUCCCCGGCGCCCCCGGGUCCAGCCUUGGGGGCGGGGGCCGGGGCCGGGGGCGGCAGCGGCGCGGGCGCGGGCGGCGGCGGCGUGGGCGCGGGCGGCGGCGCCAAGAACCCGCUGGUGAAGCCGCCCUACUCGUACAUCGCGCUCAUCACCAUGGCCAUCCUGCAGAGCCCCAAGAAGCGGCUGACGCUGAGCGAGAUCUGCGAGUUCAUCAGCGGCCGCUUCCCGUACUACCGGGAGAAGUUCCCCGCCUGGCAGAACAGCAUCCGCCACAACCUCUCGCUCAACGACUGUUUCGUCAAGAUCCCCCGCGAGCCCGGCAACCCCGGCAAAGGCAACUACUGGACACUCGACCCCGAGUCCGCCGACAUGUUCGACAACGGCAGCUUCCUGCGCCGGAGGAAGCGCUUCAAGCGGCAGCCGCUGCUCCCGCCCAACGCCGCCGCCGCCGAGUCGCUGCUGCUGCGCGGCGCGGGGGGCGCGGGGGGGUCAGGGGACCCGGCUGCGGCCGCCGCAGCCGCCGCGCUCUUCCCGCCCGCGCCCCCGCCGCCCCCGCACGCCUACGGCUACGGCCCCUACGGCUGCGGCUACGGCCUGCAGCUGCCGCCCUACGCGCCGCCCUCGGCCCUCUUCGCCGCCGCGGCGGCCGCCGCCGCCGCCUUCCACCCGCACUCGCCGCCGCCGCCGCCCCCGCCGCCGCCGCCGCCGCCCCACGGCGCGGCCGCCGAGCUGGCCCGGACCGCCUUCGGCUACCGGUCGCACCCGCUCGGCGCCGCCCUGCCUGGCCCCCUGCAGGCCUCGGCGGCCAAGGCGGGCGGCCCGGGCGCCUCGGCGCUGGCGCGCUCGCCCUUCUCCAUCGAGAGCAUCAUCGGGGGCAGCCUGGGCCCGGCCGCUGCCGCCGCCGCCGCCGCGCAGGCCGCCGUGGCCGUGCAGGCCUCGCCCUCCCCAUCUCCCGGGACGCCGUCCGCGCUCGGGGCCGGCGGUAGCGACGGCGGCGGCGGCGGCUGUGCGGCUCAGGCGGCCGUGGGCCCGGCCGCCGCUCUCACCCGCUCGCUCGUGGCCGCCGCCGCCGCCGCCGCCUCCUCCGUCUCCUCGUCGGCCGCCUUGGGAACUCUGCACCAAGGGACUGCCCUGUCCAGUGUCGAGAACUUUACUGCUAGGAUCUCAAAUUGUUAAUAACGCUAUGUUAGCGCGCUUGAGAAAGAGAAGGUAGGAAUCAUGGCUCCUAUUUUCAUCUGGGUGGUUUUGUGUUUCGUUCCCUCCUCCCGGCGCGGCCCCUCCCGACCUCGCGCCCCCAUUUCGCCGCUUGGGAUUCUCAGACGAGACUGUGUUUGGCAACUUCUCGGGCGCGCUCUUCGGCUCUUCAGGUCCCUCUAUUUAUGCAAAGGCGCCCUAUGCUGCGGCCCCCCCAACCUGGGGUGGGGAGGAAGAGGGUGCUGGUGGAGAUCCGCUCUGUUUAGGCUUCUUUGACAAGGGGCUUCCUUGACUUUGGGAACAUUUUUAAAAAAUCUAAGCCUUUUUGAGGUCUAGAGAGUCUCAGGUCCAGGCGUUAAAAAAAAAAAACAAACCAAUAAUGUUCAACAGAAGAGCAAUGCAAAAAUAGUAAAGGUCCCGAAGAAUGCCAGAGAAGCAAUAGUUUUUAUUUGAGGACAUUUGUCUGGUGUGCUUUUUCAUGAAAAGGAAAAAAUGAUUAACAUGUUUACACAAGGAAAAAAGUCAAAAUUAUCAUUUCUUAUUUUAACCUGUGUUUUGUAUCAUAAUAGACAUGCGGAAUUUUUAUUUUGUACUUACUGCGUAUUCUUUACAAGGAGUAUUGUAAAUUUUGGCAAUUAUUGUACUAUUCUAAUGUAAGAUUUUUACACUUUUUCAGAAAUAAAUACUUAAUUUUCAAAGAAAAUUCUCCAAAA